AUGACACAGGGCGAGGCGGCGCUCGCGACGGGCCGUUACAGCCGUGGGCGGCCCCUCAGCGCCCUGCGCAGCGCCUUCCGCUUCCCGGGGUCAGGGGUGCUGGGGGCGGGCCCGCGGGACGCGGCCCUGCCGCCCGGCUGGAACCGGGGAGGGAAAUCCGGCCCAGCCCCGCUGAGGGCCGAGGGCUGCGAGCGGCUUCUGCGGCUCGGAGCUGGAGUCGGGGUUUCUACGGCUCUUCACAGCCAUCCAGACCAGCCAAGGCUUUCACUCAGCUACCUGGAAGAAGACGAACCACCUCCCGCCUUAGCUGUGCCCCCGAUGCGGGGAGGCGAGGGGACGCCUGCUGGCGCAGAGCCCUGCGGGCUGUCCGCAGGGCUGAGGAGCCAGCCCUCAGAAAGUCGCCCCAAGGUAGAGACCGGCGGGACUCGCCUCGGCGCCCCGCCCGGGCGGGGUGUGCGUCGGGCGGCUGAGGGCGAGGGGUGCGGGGGGCGGCGGCGCAAGGGGGUGCGGGCGUCGCAGAUUGAAGAUCUGAAGAAGAUAAACCAUGAGCUAAGGCAACAUGUCAUACAACUGCUUGGUAAGAAGCAAGCGGUGGAAAGUCAAGUGGAUAGCUUCACUUGUAAAAAUGAUUAUCUGUGUAAAGAACUGGCUGUAAUUGGCAAACUAUCUGAGCAGCUGGAAAAAGAAUUGCUAUUGAAUACUGCUGAUAAGGAGCUUGAGGAAGCAAAGGUUAUUUUACAAACAGAAGCUGAAGUAAAGCAAGGGAAGUCACCUUCAAGGCUUGAUAGCUUUAUAAAGACAUUGGAAGAGGACAGAGACUACUAUAAAUGUGAGACUGAGAAUUUGCUGAAGGGAGUGAGUUCUGAUCCAGAAGUUUUGAAAAUAUUGAGAGAACGUGAAGAACUUAAGUCAAUGCUGAAAAAAUACGAGCGCCGUGUGGCAGAAAUUCAGGGUAACUUCAAAGUUUUAACAGCUGAGAGAGACAAAAUUGUCAGUCUUUACGAACGGGCACAGGAAGAUAUUUCCCAACUUCGUCAGGAAGUUAUCAAAUGCCCCAGGACUCCUAAAAGUACUGUGACAGCUCAAGCUAUGUUAAGACGCGUGGAGAUAGAAAGGGAUACGGCACUGUCAGAUUUCCAAAGGAUGACUACAGAACGAGAUAGCCUCAGGGAGCAGUUGAAGAUUUCCCAAGAGACUGCGUUUAAUGAAAAGGCUCAUUUGGAACAGAGACUUGAAGAGCUAGAAACUACUAUUCAAAAUUUAGAUAGUGAACGGUUAGAACAGAUGUCCAAAGUGGCACUGAUGAAAGACACCAUUGAUUCUCUGGAAACCGAGAUUAAAAGAUUGGCAAGAAGAGCACUGGACUCUGAAACUGAGCUGAGCCGACAGGAAGCUGAAUAUAUUUCACUUAGUUUAUUGAAUGAAAAGACAGAACAGAGUCUUUCAGAGACUCAGCAAAGCCUUGUUAAGAAAAAAUAUGAAAUGCAACUUACCCAAGAGAAAAUUAUGCUUUUGGAUGAAAAAAUUGAUAACUUUUCAAGACAAAGUCUUGUACAACAAGAGGAGAUCUGUGCUUUGAAAGAAACAGUUGAACAACUUGAUAAAGAGAAGGCAUCUUUGCAAGACUGUGUGGAAGAAGGAAGAGAGAAGAUUGCUACUUUUGAGGAAAACCUGGCAAUUAAAGAGAAAAUAAUUUCAGAUUUCAAGAUUCUGAUUUCUGAGUUGGAGCAUUCAACAAAAAAAUCUGCUGAAGCACUCUGUAUCUGUGAGAAAGAUAUCACCAGUUUGCAUCAACAGCUACAAGAAACCAACAAAGAACUUGCAGAGAUUAACAAGAACAGAGAGUCAUUAGCUCAGGAGAAUGACAGGUUGCAACAGCAUCUUUCUAAUAUUAAGCAAGAAAAUCAGGUACUAUAUAAAAAACUAGCACAGUAUCAGAAUGAGCUUGAUGAUAUGAAGUUGAAAGCCCAGGAUUCAAACACAGAUGUUGUCAGGCUGAAGGGUGUACUGAAGUCUAAAGAGAGAGAGAACUGGGAGCUUUUGGAGAAUUACCACAGAGCCCGUGAACAAGGAGAACGCUGGGAAGCAAAAUGCCAUCAAGCAGAAGCAGAUUGUAGCUCUGUUAGACAGGCACUGAUUAGUGCAGAGUCUGAGAACCGCAGGUUGAAAGAGAAAAUGGAGUCCCUUGAAACAGAGGUUGAGCAACAUUUAACAACAGAAGCAGCAUGCAAGUCUCAGGUUUCUGCCUUAAGCAAGUCUCUUGUGAAAAUGGAAGAAGAGCUUCAAAACAUAUUGCGGGAGAGUAUAUUUCCAAAUCUCACACCUACACAAGAACUUUGCAUUAAACUAGAUGCAGUCAAAGAACGAUUAAAUCAGCAGUUAACUUACACAGCAGAGAAAGUAGAAAUUGGAGAAAACAAGUGUGAGUCAUCCCAUUCUGAAAUAGAGCUGCUGAGAAAACAACUGGGAGAUGAAAGAGCAUCUAUGAAAAACCUGGAAUCUUUGCUUGUGUCCAGUCGUGAGAAAGAAUUUCAGUCACAGAUAGCAAAGCAAGAAAAAGACUCUGAAAUUCAGUUUCUUAAGGAACAGCUUUCUUUAGCAGAAAAUAAACUUGCUGUGCAGAGUCAAGAUUUUACUCAGCUCAGAAACAGAGCAGCUCAGCUAGAGUCGGAACUGGAUAUCACCAAAAGCCAGCUGGGGACUGAGCGCUUUGAAAGGGAACGUGCUGUACAGGAGCUUCAACGCCAGAAUCAUACAAUCUUGUAUCAGUUAAGCCCUAUGUUAAGAACAUCAUCACCUGAACAUUCCCAUCAUCGAUCUCCUCAUUGGUCUCUGGACUGGUCCCUGGAAGAGAUCCCUAAGUGGGCUUCAGCCCUUGAACAGGCAAAGUUCAAAGUUUUCAUGGGCCUGAAGAUCGGUCCAUUUCAGAGAUACCUGAACCAACUUGGCACGCAGGUACCCAGCAGCCAGUCCGCGUGGGCUCAGCCCAGCGUCGGCCGCAGCGCCGCCUCUUGCCCCGAUGAUAACUGGAAAGAAAUGGAGAGAGUCGGUGGUUCUGUGAGGGUUGAUUGGGGUUUGCUAAAAACCAAUCUGUUGAGUUUCGAGCAUAUUCCUGAAAACCCGGCCGCCACCGCACUGCCUGCCAAGCGUUUUGCAAAUCCUUCCCGUCCCCUCCACCGCCUGCCGAUUCUCCCCGCCGUCCUCAGGUUAAGGAAGCGGGUGCCCGUUUGUCCCUUGACGCAAAGAAAUCUCUCCUUGGUAAUAGCAGCCAUAAAACGCCUGCCGCACCCCGGGCACUGGGCGGGCGGCCGUGCCUCUCGUGGUCCUCGUCACAGCGCGUGUUUGCACAACGUAGUGACGGCGGCAAGGGCUGCCGCCGCUGUCGCCGCCUCCUGUGCGUCAGCCAGCGUGGGCCUGGGAGAGGCACAUCAGACCCUGAGUUUAGGCUGGAAACUUGCCUUUUGA